AUGUUUUCUCGGUCAGCGCUGCGCUCCCUUACAGGGUCCAGCUGCUCACCUACAGGCAUAGCGUGCCAAGGGUCAACAAAGCGAUUGGUCGACUCCUCCAGUCACCUGCGCGCAUACAGCACAGCCAGACCCCUAGCCUACCUUGAAAAGCUCUCCGAGAGCCCGCUCUCCAGGUCCGUGGCUCAUCACCCGUCAUCUGGUCAGUCGGCAGACCCAUCGGAGCUGGACAGGCAUAUCAGCUUGCUCACGCUGGACAGAGCUCCUGCGCGAAAUGCCAUUGGCGUCCAGAUGCUAGGAGAGCUGGAGCAGUGCGUGAAUGCAGUGCGACAUGACGGCACGCGCGUGCUCGUGGUUCGAUCACUGGUUCCCAGCACAUUCUGCGCUGGUGCGGACUUGAGGGAACGCAAGUCCAUGUCUCCUGCGGAGGUGAAUGAUUUUCUGCUCGGUCUUCGAAGGACUUUCACAGCUUUAGAAAAGCUCGAAGUGCCCAGCAUCUCGGCGCUGGAUGGGACAGCUCUGGGGGGAGGAUUGGAGCUAGCUCUCGCCACGGAUGUUAGGGUGGCAGGGCCCGGAGCCAAACUAGGAUUGACGGAAACUAGACUUGGAAUCAUUCCUGGGGCUGGAGGCACACUGCGUCUGACAAGACAGGUGGGCACAAGUCGAGCCAAGGAUCUCAUUUUCAGCGCUCGCAUCCUCGAUGGGCGCACAGCUCUGGAGUUCGGGUUGGUGGAGCACUACGCGCCAGCUCAGGACAAGGAACACGAAGGCGACGAAGCGCUCAAUUUGUCCGUGCAGCUCGCUAGGUCUAUGGCGGCCAAUGGACCAUUGGCAUUGCGCGCUGCCAAAGCUGCAAUUGACAGAAGUUUGGGAAUCGACAAUGAAGCAGCGCUGGACUGGGAGAGAGCCUGCUAUGAUCGGCUAAUGGACAGCAAUGACCGGCAAGAGGGCUUGCGAGCGUUCGCAGAAAAGCGUGCACCUAGGUACACAGGAACAUGA